AUGGUCCUCAAACUCUAUGGAUCUGCCAUGUCCACUUCGCGUGUCUUGGUCACAAUUCUAGAGAAGGAAUUACCAUACGAACUCAUCUUCAUCGACAUAGCAAAGGGUGACCAGAAGAGCGAAAGCUACCUGAAGCUACAGCCAUUUGGCAAGGUGCCUGUGCUUGAAGAUGAUGGUUUUUUGAUAUUUGAAAGCAGGGCUAUUUGCAAGUAUCUUGCCAGGCAAGUCCAAGGCCACCGGUAA